CAAUACUUAAAAAAAAAAAAAACACACCCUAACUAUGUUCACUUCAAAAAAAUUUAAAAAAAAUUGCACAAAACAAAAUAAUUCUCAUCCUUAUCUAUGUAGCACAUGCAGCACAAGAUCAAAGCAACUGGGGCAACACCCUCAGACCUCAUCCAAUAAUCGUUAGGAUCUUUAGGGUCUGGCCCAUCACAAAUCACAAAAAAAAAAAGAUGAUUUUCUAGGAACAACUUUCAUCUGUCUUGACAUCCAGGUUUGUCUAAAAUUCCUAUUUUUAAUUAUUCCAACUAUAUUUCAAAUGAUUGCUUCUAACCACUAAACAUGAACAAAAAAUGGAGGGGAAGGUGCCUAUUUCUACGUCUGACACAAUGUACCAACGCUUCGAGGAAGGGAAAAUUUAUCACAUUAGAUAUUUUAAUCUCCUCCCCAAUAACCAACGUUACAGGUUUACUGAUCAACCAUACAAAAUCAAUAUCAAAGAAACAACAACUAUUACACUGAUUCAAGAAAACAUUCCACCGAUCCCUUCAUGCAUAUUCCGGCCCCAACGCUACACCCAGUUGAUCAGCUUAGCAAGUGAAACCAACUUCCUACCAGUUAAAAAAAAAACAAAAACUCUCUCACAUAAAAAUAAAUCCUAAUUUUUUUAAAAACAACCAAAUUAUUCCUACAGAGGUUGUUGGCCGCAUUUGCCUCAUCCAAGGUAGUGAUUUAUAUAACCACUACACAGAUUCAAAAAUCAUCAUUGGAUUGCGUUUAGACAGGUACAAACUUUUUAUUAAGUAAUAAUUGGUUUACAACUAAACAAAAUCUAAUACAAUAAUUAUUUGUAGAUCAAAAUUGGUACGUCUAACUUUAUGGGACAAGGAGGCGUCUAAUUUGAGGGAGUUACAUCGCAUAUCAACAAGGAAAAACCAUGUCGUAAUCAUCACAAGUAUCAUUCCACGGAUACAUGAAGGUAAUAAACUAAACAUAAACUUUACAAAAAAACUAAAUGCUAACAAAUAUUUCACCUUUUUCAGGAAAACUAUCACUCACAGCAACACCUAGAGCGCGCUUCUACUUUAACAACGAAAUUGAUAUCAUUCAACGCUUCCAAAAGAGGAAUAAACUGCUAUCCUAAGCCUCAUAGCAAACGCCACCAGUCUACUUUUAAAACAUUUACGUUACAACUUCCUACAUCAAUUAAAUUGUCACACACAAAGAUUAUUUUCUCAUUCAAGUAUCGAAUUCCUCAAAACUAUUUAUUAUUCAUUCUUACAGUUGUUUUUUUUUUUAAAAAAACACCGCUUCGAACUUCUCCCUUGUAUAAAAAAAAAACAAACUUAACUUAUCCUUUCAGAAAUUGAAAAACACACAAUUUUAAUUCACCUGAUUUUUAUUAAACAUGUAAUCCGCGCGCAGCGCGGACGCCGGCCCUAGUUUUGACUAAUAAUGAAUGAAGCAAAUAUAUUUCCUUUCCAUCAAAGUCAAUUAUAUUUAUUUUCCUUCUACAAUACUUUUUUUUUUUUGAACAAACUCCUUCUACAAUACUAUAUUAUGUUUAUUACUAUUUACAGAAACUCGUUUUCCUUUAAAAACCUAAUGCGUAUCAGAAGUUAUUAUUAACAAUCCGACUCUUCGCUUAUCUCUGGAACUUCCGUUUCUCCUCCCGCAGUAUCGUCAACUUUCGAACGAAACCACUCUUUUCAUUAACGAUAGGUUCAUUGGAAAAGACCCCAAGUAUUAGGUUUUUUUUCGUUUGUGGAUUUACAGAUCUAGAGGACACAAAAAGAAACUAAAAAUUUCAGUUAUUUUCAUCUACCCUAUCUAUCAAAGUCGAUUCCUUUUCCCUUUGUUAUCUGCUGAGAAUCAAAGCCAAUGGAUUUCGAAUAAAGCAAAGACCUUUGAUGAACUAAUUUGAGUUUGAGACAAUAAAACAUCCAUUGAUCUAAGGAUAUGUAUAACAGUAAUAGAGUACAAGUGUACCAUGAAGACGUGAGGGUUGGGGAGAUGGAGAUACACCCUCCAAGGGAAGACGACGUGAUGAAGCAAAGGGCAGUCAUGGAGGAAGUGAAGAUGGGAAUCAAAAUUAGCAGUUUUUCUCAACCUAGCAAGAGAUGUACUCCUCUUGCAGUGCUUACUACCAUUUCAUCUUCUGGACUUUGUUUCAAACUUGAAGCUUCGCCUACUCCUGCUCAUGAGCCUCUCAGUGUCUUCCACUCGUCAUGCCUUAGGGACCAGAAGACUGCAGUAAUGUCCCUUGGUGUGGAAGAGCUCCAUUUGGUUGCCAUGUGCUCGGAGGAUAUCAACAAUGACCGUCCUUGUUUCUGGGCGUUUACUGUUGCUCCUGGAAUUUAUGAUUCAUGUCUUGGCAUGUUGAAUCUUAGAUGUCUGGCGAUUGUGUUUGAUCUUGAUGAGACACUCGUAGUGGCCAAUACCCUGCACACAUUUGAGGUUAAAAUGGAGGGGUUGCUCCGGAGAAUGAGCAGCGAGGUGGACCCUCGACGCCGUGCUGUUAUGGUGGCUCAGAUGAAGCGUUAUCAGGAUGACAAAAAUCUGUUAAAGCAGUACGUUGAAAGUGACCAGGUUGUUGAAAACGGGGAGGUGAUUAAAGCACAAUCUGAAAUUGUCCCUGCCUUGUCUGACAACCAUCAGCCUCUUGUUCGUCCUCUGAUAAGGUUGCAAGAGAAGAACAUUGUCUUGACUCGCAUUAAUCCAAUGAAACGUGAUACAAGUGUUCUUGUGAGGUUGAGGACUUCAUGGGAGGAACUUCGAAGCUAUUUGACAGCAAAAGAGCAGCGCAAGCGUUUUGAAGUAUAUGUUUGCACAAUGGCUGACAAAGAUUACGCCUUAGAGAUGUGGAGGCUCCUUGAUCCAGAAGGGAAUUUGAUAAACGCAAAUGACUUGCUGGCUCGCAUUGUUUGUGUGAAAUCUGGCUUUAAGAAGUCAUUGUUCAAUGUGUUUCUCAAUGCCACCUGCCAUCCGAAGAUGGCACUGGUAAUUGAUGAUCGCCGGGAAGUUUGGGACGAGAAGGAUCAGCCAAGGGUGCAUGUGGUUCGUGCAUUUGCUCCCUACCAUUCUCCUAAAGCUGAAGCAGCUGCAACACCGGUACUGUGCGCUGCCAAAAAUCUUGCUUGCGUUGUCAGAACUGGAUUUUUCAAGCAUUUCGAUGAUAGUCUGCUACCAAGGAUUGCUGAAAUAUCUUAUGAGAAUGAUGUUGAAGAUAUUCCAUCACCUCCUGAUGUAAGCCAUUACUUGGUGUCUGAGGACGUGACAUCUGGUUUAAAUGGAAACAAAGAUCCACUUUCUAGUGACAAGAUGGCUGAUGCUGGAGUGGGGAGAAUACUGAAGGAGGCAAUUUGUGGAUCUUCAGCUGCCCUUCCGGCUGCAAAUACAGAUCCAAGAAUAGCUGCUCCCGUUCAGCAACCCAUUGCUUCUGCUUCUUAUGUUUCCGCUCCAGUACCAGUACCAGUACCAGUACCAGUACCAGCACCAGUCCCAGUCCCAGUCCCAGUCAUGCAACAAGCACCGCAACCAUCAGCUAUCGCCUUUCCAAGCAUUCAGUUUCAACAACCGGCAAUAGUAGCUACACACCUGGUUCCCUCAGAGCCAAGUUUGCAAAAUUCUCCGGCUAGUGUGGAAGGUGAGGUACCUGAAUCAGAGUUAGAUCUAGAUACCAGGAGGAGGCUCCUCAUAUUGAAACAUGGACAAGAUCCUAGAGAUGCUGCUCCAAGUGAACCUUCAUUUCCAAAGAGACCGCCAGUUCAAGCUCCACCUCCACAUGUGCAGCCAAGAAAUGGUUGGUUUGCUGCUGAGGAGGAGAUGGAUCCAAAAACAGAGAAUCCCGUUGGAUUACUGCAUGAGAUUGCUAUUAAAUGCGGAACUAAGGUGGACUACAAACCGGGUUUGGUUGCUAGUACAGAUAUGCGGUUCUCUAUUGAGGCUUGGUUUUGUGGUAAAAAAAUUGGAGUAGGGAUUGGGAAAUCGAGACGAGAAGCCCUGCAGAAGGCUGCUGAAUUUUCAAUCCAGAACUUAGCUGAUAUAUAUUUGUCCCGUGAAAAUGGCGACGCAGGACCAAGUCACAGGGAUGCAGGCCCCCUUACUAAUCAGACAUCUGCUGGAUAUGAAAAAGCGAUGCCAGUUGCUACAUAUACAAGAUUAGAAGGCUCUAUUAGGCACACUGGCUCCAUUCCUACGCUCAGGGAACUGUGUGCAUCGGAAGGUUGGGAGCUGUCUUUUCAAUCUCAGCGUCCACUUCAACCUGACAUGGUCCACAAUGAUGAAUUUCAUGCUAAGGUUGCAAUAAAUGGACGUGUUUUAGGGGAAGGAGUUGGAUCAACAUGGGAGAAAGCUAGAGUGCAUGCUGCUGAGAGAGCACUGGGUAAUGUGAGACCAUUGCUUCAACGACAAGUAUCUUCAAGAUCGUUCGGUGGGAUGUCAAACAAGCGUCUGAAGCCAAACUUUCAAUGGUCCAUGCAACGGAUGGCAUCUUCAGGAAGAUCCUCUUAACAAAAAUCAUGUCUGCAUUUUAAUUCCAUUGUCUCUUACUUUAAAAGCUACAUAGGCAAUUUCUUUGACAAGUUCUCUUGUUCCCCAAACAGUUAACCACUGAUAGAGAGAUUAUGCUUUUUUGUUUUGUGUAAUUACAUGUUUUAACUCAAGAUUUUUGUGUACU